GCCUGCGCACGGGCAAGACGAUCAAGGCGGGAGCGCCAGUGGGAGCGACACCACUCACGGCUCCUUCCCAGAGCACGUCCCUUCCGCAUCGGGCAGCUAUUGUUCUCUGUCGGAUCUCAGCGGCAGCAGGUGGUGGUUCAGCGACUGCAGCGAGCACGAGAGCAGCGGCAGCUCAGCGUGGAGCAGCUCCCACUCCGAGAACCACAGCCCUCGGUGUGCAGAGGAAAGCGAGGUCGACGAGCAGGAGGAGGCAGAAUGGCUGCAGGCCAACGCGGCGCAGCACGCCGCCGGGACCUGCCGGCCGUGCCUCUUCCACGGGACGGCGGCGGGCUGCGCACGGGGCCGCGCGUGCAGGUUCUGCCACCUGCCGCACGCGGCCGAGCGCGGGGCGCGGCGGAGCAAGGGUGUGCGCUGCAGGCAGCGGGCCGCCGCGAGGCCGGGCUGCCAGCGCGAGGGCGGCGCGGACGCCGCGCGGGACUCGGCCGGCGAGGACGGCCCGGGCCAGCGGCGGCUGCGCAGCGCCCUCGAGGAGAGGGGCCCGCAGCCGCCGGGCGGUCCGGCGCCGGCCGCCGCGGGCCGGAGGCCGGAGCAGCCCUCGAGCUGCGGCUAG